AUUGUGCUGUGCGAAAAUCCUCUCCCGCAAGGCCCUAAAAUUCCCAAAUUUGCUGCUUGUGGCGGGAAAUCAAAGAGCCCCUUUGAGAGGGAAAACUGCAGCGAAAAUACUUUCCUUCCUCUCUGAUUUUCUUUUGUCGUCGGAAAAGUUUCCGUUUGAUCUGACGAGAACAAUGGCCGAAACCGCAACUCUUGGAAUUCUGGAAGAGAUUCGUUCCUUCGUCUCCGAUAGGCUUCAAGUGAUUUCCUACAAAUGGCUAAGUCGAAAUUUUUCGGUUUCCUCCAAUGCUGCAAAGAGACUUCUAGAGGAGUUCGUUGAAAAUCAUGGAGAUGGAUUAGUGGUGAUUUACUCUUUAUCUGGCUGGCUGAAGAAUAAUCCUACAACCCGCCAUAUAAGGGUUGUCCCCAAGCAUAUGCUUGCAGAUGCGAAACAAGAGUUCGAUGGAAAAUGUUCUAUUCAAGUUUACAGUAUACAGGCCUGCCUUCCUAAGGAUCCAGCAACGCUUUGGAAUCAUGAGUUUGUUCAGGCUGAAGAUCUUCAUAAGCAGCCAUCAACUGUUGAUAAUUGUUUGCGAGAUAACAGGUUUUCUGGAGUUUCAAAUUCAUUUGUUAAGAGAACAGCUGGAGGAACACCUUUGGGCACUGGAAGCCUGCAGGUGAAAUCAACAGGAGUCUCAGGUCUGUUGAGCAGUUCUUCUAUUCCUCAAAUUACAGCUGCUCCACAGUCUAUUCAGAAAACUGUUCAGAAUGCUGUUGCAAAUGCAGGGGUGAAAUCCCCUAGCAUUGCAAAGCCUGUGAAAACUGAAGGAAAUGUAAAGCCAGAUCUAGCACAGGUAGUAGAAAAAGAAAAAGUUCCCCGGUCUCUCCCUAACAACAAAAAGGGCCAAAAUGAUAAAAACUCUUCUGGAACUGGAGGUUCAUUAGCUAGCAUGUGGGGUCGUGCUUCCGCAAAGCCUAAGCCUGAUGCUUGCUUGGUUCAAGCUGACAAAGCCGGACAAGGCUCUUCUGUCAGCGCGGAAGCUCAAAUUUGUGCUCGUGAAUCAAUUGAACAUGAAAUUAGUGAUGAUGAUGACAAAGCUUUCAACGUAAAGAGAUCCUCUAAUGGUGAAGGCAGUAGAAAGAGAAGAGUUGUAUUUAAUUACUCGGAUGAGGAAGAUGAAUAUGAAAAUGCCAUAAGUCUAGGGUCACCUGAUCCUCCAAAGAAAUCUACUCUAUUCUCAAAAGAAAGUUCAAAUACUUCAAUCUCAGAGUGCAAUUUAAGUUUCAAGGAGAAGGAAAAUAAGCCAGAGGUCAAAGAAGAGAAAGUAUGUGAUGUAAAAGCUAACCAACAUUUAGGAGAAAAAGUUGCAACUGUUAGAAAUGGCAAGAAGGCUGAAUCUCCCACUUCAGAUAAGACUCUAUGCCAUGUUCCUGAAACCGAUGCUAGUAAGAAAAAUACCAUGGCCAAUGAUGUGCCUAAAAGAAGAAAAGUGGUAAAGACACGGAUUGAUGAGCGGGGAAGAGAAGUCACUGAAGUUGUUUGGGAGGGUGAGGAGGAAGGUACAAAAUCUAAUAAUAAUAAUAAUAAUUCAGCCAAAAUUGCUGACAAUAAUUCAGUGAGCAAUGCAAUUAACAGGCCCCCGGUUGUUCGUAAAUCGCCAGCAGUGGGGAAUGCUGCUCCAGCAAAUCAAGCCGGGAAAGCUGGAAAUAAAAAGGCAGCAGCGAAGGAUCCAAAGCAAGGGAAUCUCUUCUCAUUUUUCAAGAAGGUUUGAGGAAAUGAGGCAAAGAUUAUCAGCAUCUAGAUAAAUGCGAUUGAUUUUGUAAAGUCCUCUUAACCAUGUAAGUACGAGUUCAGAUCUCUUAUAAUUUUCGCUAUUUUGUUAGCCAUUUCAUUGAUGGUUGAGUUUGAGUACACGAAGUGACUAAUGUGAAAUUGAUUGAGUUUUGCUGUAUCAUAUUAGGAUCAGAUUACUGCUCC